GGGAUGAUGACAACAAUUACUUUACCUGUGUUUAACACAAGUGAAGUGAAUGGAAAUCAGUCAAUGGUUGGAGUAAUGGGUGUUGAUGUCGCACUUCAAGAGAUGCUAGAAUUUGAACCAUCAUAUGAGAUUGGACCUGGUGGUUAUUCAUUUUGCAUAAAUCAGAAUGGCUAUAUUGUCUUCCAUCCUAAUUUAAAAACAGAGUUUGAAUAUAUAGAUGAUCCUCCUCAUCUUGACUUUCUAGAUGUUGAAAUUGAAAGUGAAGCUAAAGGAGAACUACGGAGGGCUAUGAUAAAUUUAGAAACAUCAAAAAGAUCCUUUGUCAGCCUUCUGAAAAUGUCUGAUGGAAAACACAUAGUUCAGCAUCAAAUGGAAUAUUAUUUCACUCCUGUGAACCUGACUUCAUUUUCAUUAGCAGUUGUUCUACCAAACAAUUGCACACAUUACUUGAUUGCCAAAGGGAUUGAUUUUGAUGAGGAAUUUAGUUUAAAAGACCAUGAAAUGCAAGGAAUGCAUCUUGCACCAUGGAAGUACUGUCAUGGAACAGUGUUAGAACUGAGUAUAUCUGAAAUAAUAAGCAACUUAUCAUAUACAGUCAAGCAUAGUCCAGACUCAUGUAAAAUGCACUUAUUAGAAAGGCUUGUGUGGGAUAUUCGCAAAACUGGUGAUAUAAUACAUUACUGGCAAUCUGAAUGGCAGGAUGGUAGAAGGAGCAAUGUAGUUGCCACAUUUGUUCAAUCUGAAGGUGGUUUAACCCGUAUCUUUCCGGCUAGCAAAUCUGAUUACCUUGAAAAUCAAAUGAAUCCAUCUAGGUCACUGAUAUUUCAACGAGCAUACUAUGAAAACGAUUAUGUCUUCUUACCUAAUGAAAAUGACUAUGAUUCAUUUUCUGAUGCAAGUGAUCCUGUCAUAACAAUUGCAAAAACUAUAACCUUUUCUCGAAGUGGUAUUGUCUACAAACCAGCUGUUGUUGGAUUGAUGGUGGAGCCAUCGUGGUUGAUUCCUUAUCUAAAAUCAAUUCCUAUUCAUCUGAAAGAGAAUGAAUUUGGCUGUUCUGACCCUGAUUAUAUCGUAUGCUAUAUCAUAGAUGAUGGGGGUUUUAUUAUAUCUUCUAAUCAAAUUGAGCUGUAUAAUUCAACUGGGAAAUUUCUUGGAUAUAUAGAUCCUCAAAUAAUGUCCGAAUUAUAUGAAAAGAAUAUUUAUAAAAGGAAUGAAGAUAUUAAUUAUGAAGAUCGUUGCCCAAAACCAAAGAAGAAAAAAAAUGCUGGGUUUAGAAUUCUUGCAUCUCCAUUCUAUUCGUCUUUGUCAUUUUUGGACAUUGGUUGGUUAUUUGAUGUUUCUGCGUGGUCUUAUUUAAAGUAUUGGUUCUUGAGUUUAUUUUCAUUCAUAAAUGUUCCAAACUCUCAAGCUUUGCCAGAAUUCUAUGUCCUUCCGAAUGAGACUAUAUGUACUACUCAUGAAGCUCAGUAUUAUUGGGGUAACUGGGCAUCGAGUUAUGCGGGAGAAAUUUCGUUCAGUAACUGCACAAGGUACUAUUCAUUAGCUAAAGUAGGAGAAAUGAAUAUUAUACUUUUGGUGACUUCAAAACCAUGUCAGCUCCUGAGUUUUGAAUAUGUUGAACCUCUUCUACAAGCUAAAGAAGAAGUCGCAGCUCCAAAUAGCAGUCUGUGCAAUCGUCCUUUACGAUAUCGUAAAAGACCUGAUAAGUGCUUUAGUUACAGCAGCGAAGAAGAUAAUUCUGACUGUGCUGGUGUGGGUAAAAUAACUUUAUUUAAUGCUGCUCUUUUGAUAGAGUUGCUGAGCUUGAAAAUAAUUGCCAAAAUGAUAGCUAUUCAUGGCUAAUAAGUUCCUGUUUGCAUAAAUACAAAGUGCCAAGUUGUGUCUAUAGCACUUGGUAAAAGCAGUAUCUUUGAUCAAAGUAAAACAAUUGAAGUGUUCAGUGCUGGAUUUGACUCCUAAUAAGCAGUAUUUGUGCAAGAGUUUAGGCAUGAAAAGCAGAGUGUUUCAUAAAUUUUAUCUAGUUGAUAUGUAUCUAUUUUUUCCUUUAGAGUGUCAUAAAAUGUCUCAUAAAGUGUCUUAUCAUCAAUGUAUUUUAUCAUCACUGUUUGUAAUAUUUGAGAAAAUUUUCACAAUCUUAAUAAAACAUAUUGUAUAAAGUUUAAAUUUGUAUCGCUCACUGUGUAUGAUAUAGAUAUUCUGUUGAUGAGUUGCCUUUUGUUUUUGACAAUCAUGAGACAUGCUUUGAUGAUUCUACAUUUAAAGUCACUUUUAUGAAAUAUGACACAUGUAAACGCCUAGAAUACGCUUUAAUAUAAUUGUUGAUGUACAUAGUGCAUCUGUUUAGUUUUAUGAUAGAAUUCAUAAAUGGGCAAAAACUUGAAGAAAAUGUCUUUCUUUCUAUUUAAUCAUCUAUAUAUACUAUAUACUACAUCUGAUGCUGCAUGCCUGUUGGAACAUUCAUAAAGCUUCUGAACUGCUCUGUCGAUAUCAACUUUAGAACACUCUUUCAUUACAUAAUUGUGAUUUUCUAAAUUUCUGAAGUGCUUUCAAAACUAACCACUUUGAAAAGACUUUAGAAAAAAAGUACUCUGCAGGUGCCAACUCUAGUAAAUAUGGGGAACAAUAAAUGAUUAGUGUUUUCCAAUAAGCUGUUUGAUAACAGUUGAAUGUGCCAAGAAAACUCACUGUUUAGUUGUUAAAUUUGUAACAGCAAUUGCAGGCUGCAUAACAUUGAAUAAAUAAUCCUUUUUAAACUUUUUUGCAUAAGGAAUCAAUAUUUUAAUGGAAGCAAGUAGAGACAUCAUUUCACUGGGAUUGAUGGGAAAAAUUAAUCCUAAAACUUUAUAGAUGCAUUGUGUAGGUUUGCUAAAUGUAUAUGAUGGUUUGAACAAAGCUGAUGAUUUACUUGUACUUAAUCAUUUUAAAAGUCAUGGUGUUAAAUCUAUUUCUAUUAUUAGCCAUUCAUUAUUUAUUAAUCAAGGAGAAAAUGCUUUGAAACAUUAAACAAGAGAUAGCACUGGGUAUGUCAUACCCAAAAUCAUUUAUCUUUUUUAAAAAUAUCAUUAAUUGUGUGUACAUUAGUUUUUGUAAUUUAAAUGAAAAAGUGUAGUUUUAAUAGAAAUCUACAGUAUUUAUAUUUAUUUUGUGCACUGUUUGUGUAUCGAAAAUUUUUCUUAAAUCUUAUGCAAUAAAACUGUGUUUUUGUGUUUUGCCUUGAAAGUUUGUAUAUUAAGAGUUUUAGUAUUAUUUCAUUACUAUUUUAAAGUCGAAUAGGAAGCUGUUUGUUGAUAAUAAAUAAUUCUUCUGUAAUUUGUAAUAAUUACCAAAGGAAAAUUGCUGUAGAUCAGCAUUUAGUAUUUUAGCCAGUGUAAUGUUGUUGUUAUUUCUCUAAAAAGAUCUAUCAUUAACUUUCAUCAUCAUAUAAAAAGAGGCAAUUUCAGAUUUUCUGGAAACAUUUGUAACUGUUCACUUUAAUUACCUUUGCAUACGAAUGAUAACAUGACAAUACUCUUUUUCUUACAUCUAUAAGAUGCGAUUUUUAUCUUCUUUAGAAAUAAAGAGAAGAGAAGGAUAUUCUUUAAUGAGACAGUCAGGGAAAUUUUUUUCUUUCAUGGCAUUUUUCUCUCAAGAGUUGUUAAGUUAGUAUUUAUUUGUAUCCCAUGUAGCAAGUACAUCAUCAAUAUGGAUCUUAAAAGUUACACAUAAUUUUGCAUAUAAUGAAUUUAAAGCUUCUUCUGAAUGCUACGAUCUGUUAAGUCUGUAGGGAUUUUUCAUAACCACAUUAUAUUUUGAAGUUUUAUAUGAUGUUUAAGUUAAAUAAAUAGUAAAAAUUAAAUAUAUUUGCAAUUCUUAUACAUUUAAUUACAUAUGUGACCUCUUAAAAUUGAUCAUUUAAUUACAACUACAUAUUAGGUACCAUAAAAUAAUCAAAUAUUCAUGAAACAGAUUUUUAAUGUAAUUAACUUCAGGUAAAGAUUUCAGGGAUAUAAUAUGUGGUCAUCUAUUUCUCAUAACUUCCUUGUUAUUUCUAAUUAAUAUAUUCUAUGUACUGCUCUGCUUCAGCUAAUUCAUGGAAGCAUUUUGGAAAAUAAUAUAGGUGCUGAGCUUUAAUACUCUUAUUACAGCUAAGUGUGUUGAAAUUAGAGUGGUAUUCUUAACUAGUUGAAAUAAAAAUUCUUUGACUUAUAUUCGCACAAAAUUAUUAAGCAGAAAACUAUUGAACUAAAGUAUUGUUACAAAUAAAACAAAUGAGGAUUAGAUGAUAGAAUCAGUUGUGUUCUUUGAAUUUAGGAAAUGCAAAGUUCUUACAGGCUUUCCUAGCUGCUAGAAAAUGAAUAUAUCUAGUUGUUAGCUUUCUCGAAGUUCGCUGAGUUCAGAGAAUUUAUUGAAUAAAUAAUAAUACAGUAAAUUUUUUUCCCUCUCUUUCUUUUUUUUUUUUCUUUUUCUCUCACAUUGUUCUAUCACCCCUAAUUUGGUAUGUAAUCUAGUUUAUCUAUGUCAACUAAAGAUUCCUUUUUAAAUUUUGAUCUCCAUUUGUAUCUUUCUUUGAAGGCUGCUUUUUUUCCUGCCCCAAAUCAAUUGAUCAGUUUUUGAUGUGUUAUUUCAAAACCACAAUACGCAUAGGUAUUGUAUGUAUUCCCUUUGCUGAACUUUUUGAGAUUUUGUUUCUUAAAUUAAAUUAUUUUGUUCUUUCAUUUCACACUAGACUAAUCCGCUAGAAAAAGCCUCACUUGUUUCUGUUGCGCAUAAAAAAAAAGCUGCUUAAAGUUAUCCUUAAUCCAUGUAUUAACCAACUAAGAAGUUUAUGUUGUGUUUCUAAACUAAAGCUGAUGCAGAUAAAUUGAUACUAUUUUUUAACUAUGUGUAAAAUGUAACUAAGAACUAAUUUAUUUUCUAAAACACUAGGUAAUGCAGGGUUUCCUUUUACUGUUCAGUAUUAUUGACACUCAGGCUUUGUGCAAGCAUGGUUAUAUCAAAUAUUUUACAAUAUGAAAUAUUGUCAAUUUGAAAUGAUCCAUUGUUAUUAUGAAUUCUGAUCUUUAUUUAUAGAUUUCAGAAUAACCCAGGAUAAGUAUUUUUAUCCAUGCUCAGUUUAACAGAAAGUGAGUUAAAUAUUUAAAUUUUGACUGAGAUGAGUAGUGCAACCAUAUCCUAUACCAGGGUUGGUUAAACUUCAUGUCAGUAAGAACCAUAUGUAUGAAUUCAGGAAUGUUCGAGAGCCGCAUCUAGAUUUUAUAAAAGCCACAAGUUCAUAUUUACAUCAUUAUAGAAGUAGUGGAGGAGAUUUUAAAUA